CUUCAAGUGUUCUGGCCAAGAAGGCGUCAACAGCCAGCCAGCCAGCGAGCGAGCUGUUGUCGUGUGCGGAUGGAGCAGCAGCAACCGACGACGACGCCGCCGAGAGUUUCUUGCGCUUUGUCGUGUUUUUGAGCGUCCAUGGUGAUGAGAAGAGUGGCGGUAUCAUCGGCGGGCGCGGGCUGCGUGCGAACCGCCGCCGGUGUCAACAACGCCGGAGGAUGACCACCGGAGACACAUUUAGGAGCCACAUUCACUUUUUUUUUGUCGCCCCCUCCUUUUUUUAAUCACUACCUAACACGGAGCGCAGACGGCUUUAGCUAGACAUUUUAUUUGUCCUUCAACAACGGAUGUCUUUGAGGAUUUCCAACCAUGCUGACUGGAUCUAAAAGCACGUUCAAAGUCCGACAGAUGGGGACGGACAUCAAGGAGCGGAUGCUGAAUCAGAGCAGGAUGAGCGCCAGGGGUGGAGAUGUCUUCGGACUACGUUGUCUUCCAGGCGAGUGCGUGCUACAGAGGGCCGUCAUGGUGAGGAAGAAGUUAACGGCGAGGGAAGGGAGAGGCUGGCUGUCAGGAACGCUCUUCUGCACGCAAUUCCGAGUGGCCUUUGUGCCGCAGGACGCCCCCAAAUCCGACGACAAUGCUGAGCCGAUCCUUUUGGGUGAUCACGACAUCGCUUUGGCAUCGAUCGAGAAGGUCGUCGUUGUGGGCCCAAACCGGACCAAACUGGUGAGCCCCAACACUUGGCUCAAGUUCACUCCGGAGGAGCUGGUGCUUUACUGUCGCGACCUACGAGUCAUCUGCUUUCUCUUUGACCGUCUCACCCCUGAUGCCCAAGUCAUCGAGAUUACGCAUACCAUCGCCAAAACGUACCAGCCUCUCAAGCCGGGCUCUAUAUUGUCCUUCCAGAACGCCGCCCUCGGUAGCGUAGAAAUGAAGCAGUUUCUAAGCAACCGGCGACGGGACGCCCACAUGAACUGGCACGAGACUGCGGCCGAAUGGGAGCGGGAGCUGGAGCGCUGCAGUACCACCGGCUGGAGAGUCAGCUCCGUCAACGACCGCUUCGAGAUGUCCACCAGUCUUCCGAGGUUCAUUGUUGUCCCGCAGAAGGUUCUGGACACAGAGUUAAAGAAAAGCUUUGCCCACUUCAACGACGGACGCAUCCCUCGCUGGUGCUGGCGCCACCCGCGCGGCAGCGACCUCCUGCGCAUGGCCAGCUUCCAGAACAACAUCUACCACGAGAAGGACGACAUCAGAAACCUAGAGCUCAUCCUGUUCGGCUGCCAUUCGUCCGUGUGCGUGGUGGUGGAGCUGGGCGAGGAGCUGCCCUCGCCCGCCGACAUCCAGCUGGCGCAUGGCCGCUUGCGAGCGCUCUGUCUCGGAGACAUUUCCACCUCUGUGACUGUGCCUGAUGACAAGUGGCUGUCCACGCUGGAAGCAACUCGCUGGCUGGACUACACAAGGUGGUGUCUAAAGAAAGCUUCGGAGGUGGCGUGCCUGCUGCGCAGUGGUCACAUGACGGUGGCGUUGCAAGAGGCGGAGGACCGAGACAUGAGCUGCUUGGUGUCCAGCCUGGUCCAGGUGAUGUGCGACCCCCACUGCCGCAGCCGCCUGGGCUUCCAGAGCUUGGUGCAGAAGGAGUGGGUGGUGGCGGGACACCGCUUCUACAGCCGCACCAACUUUCAUCGGGACAACGACAAAGAAGAGGCUCCCAUCUUCUUGCUCUUCCUGGACUGCGUGUGGCAGCUGUGGUCGCAGUAUCCGGCCCGCUUCCAGCUGACGGACGACUUCCUGCUGGCGCUGCACGACAGCGCCCACCUGCCGCUCUUCUCCACCUUCCUGGCCAAUUCCCAACGGGAGAGGUGCAAACGCACGCAGAACGUGGGCCAGUGCUACACGCCCGUCAACGGCUGGCGAGAACCACUUCACCCGGAUAGUAGCCUGGAGCCGCCCGACCCGCCGCUGCCACCCGUGUGGGAUUGGUCACUGCAGUACUGUGAGCAGCGACAGGCGGCGUUCACGCAGCCCGUUGCGCAGACGCCAGCGCCGGCACCCCUGCUCAACGGAAACCUCAACAGCCAGCUGGAUGCACGCCGGCCCAGCAACGCCAUCCCCGGCUCCGUGUUCUUCCUUUCCCGGGGCAUCUUCUCAUGUCCUGUCAACCUGCUCCCCUGGCGUGGAGGCAGCGCAGGGGGCAGCAUUUCGGGCGUGUACCGCAAAAGCCACCGCAGGGCGCCGUCCUGCGAGAGCGUCCCAGGGCUGGAGAGGCUCCUGAAGGCCCUCUCCCUGGCCGAGACCCCUGUCAAGCGGACUGAGUCGGACCCCUACGAGCCCUUGCUGCCCCUCCUCAUGGGUCCCUGCGUGGGACUGUGGAGGGAGUGUUACCACCGGGGAGCGCUGCAUGCUCAGGCCUUCUCGCACCCGCUCAGCGGCAAUCACCGUCACCCCCUGGAGCUCUUGGCUGGGGAGGUGCGGCGCCUUCAGGAGCAGCUGGCCCAGCAGCACCCCGCUGAUGACUCGCGGUCGGCCCACGACGCCAACCUCAACCACAACGCCAACAACAGCAGCAGCUUCCUCUUCCCCGGGUCUCCUGGAGCAGCCCCCAUUGCCACGCCGGCUCCGCCUUCCGGACAGGCGCCCAAAGAAAAUGCAAACAAGCACACCUUUUUCUUUGGGCACGCUUCAGACACCCGUCCGGGUCGCGCCAAUCCAAAUUGACCAAAAGUUACACAAGUUAAUCACGUGGCCCACAAUGUCAAGGCCAAAGCUACCAAAAGAAGCAGAUUCUUUUCUUUCAACAGGGGAAAGAGAAGGUUGCUCUCUUUUUCCAUUUGGGAGUGGUCAGCAACAGAACUCUGCUUGCAUGCGCACUAAGAAGUGGAGCAAGAAACCAUUUUGUGCACUGAACCUUUUUGUGCAACUACAACAGUGAUUUUGGCGCCAAUGUUUUUUUUUUUUUACUUCCCAAAGUGGAAAACAACCAAAGACAUUUUCCACUCGUUGCAACAAUUCCUUGUUGGACACAGGAUUAGGUAAACCCACCUGCAUAUAGGGCAGGUGUACCUAAUGAAGAGACUGUUGCUUUGGAGCUUGUAUCUGAAGAGGAGGUGAGCUGCACCCACUGUGGAAUUUGGGGCAUGAGAGUUAUUUUGGUAUUCAGCAGCGGCGGCGGCCCACCCACGUGCCGGCCGCUCACUUGCGCGCGCACACCGGCACUCUUAUCCGAAAGUCCGAUUUCUGUUCUUGGACCAAAUAUAGUAUUAUCUCUUCCAAACUGGCCACUGGUGGAUAGAAAUUGUAUUAUUAGGUACCGUGACCAAAUUAGCGAGUGUACAUUUAUUUGUUUGUGUCAUUUUUUUGUCCUGAAUUUCAGAAAUAAAAAGCAGCACUUGGACUUGUGCAACACACA